AUGUCUUCCUUUACAGAAACGCCUGACUUAACAGGCGCGCAUACCGCUGCCUCAUCCUCGCCAACAAACUCCACCCCUUCGCCUUCGACCUCAAGUGUUACAACAGCCAAUUCUGCGCGUCGCCCACCGCGCAAGAGCACAUUGACCCAACAACAGAAGAACAACAAGCGUCAACGGGCAACGCAGGAUCAACUCGUCACCCUCGAAGUCGAAUUCAACAAGAACCCCACUCCCACCGCUGCUACCCGGGAACGAAUCGCAAGCGACAUCAAUAUGACCGAGCGAUCAGUACAAAUUUGGUUCCAGAACCGUCGCGCUAAAAUCAAGAUGCUUGCGAAGAAGAGUAUCGAGACUGGUGAAGGCUGCGAUUCAAUUCCCGAGUCAAUGCGCCAUUACCUUGCGAUGCAAUUCGAUCCAACCAAACCCGGAACUCGAGACCCCUUUGGCCGUUCGGCAGGAUACGGAGCUCCCAGCAUGUAUGCGAAUGAGACUAGCCCUACUGGGAAAGUUGUCAUUUCGCAUUUCACCUGUCGCUCCUUGACUAUCGGUAGCUGGCGGCGCAUUGGCCAGAAUGCCAUGGACUUGGUGGUUUUUUACUCCCCUGACAAGGCUUGCAUGACAUAUUAUAUCAACAACGACUCUGCCGGCUAUAAGAUCGAGUACCCCUUCGCCCAUAUCAAGAACAUCACAUUGGAGACCGGGGACCCGACUCCAGGACCCAACGGCGCGCCACCUCGGCCUGGUGGGUUAGUGGUGGAACUGAACCGUCCACCUAUGUUUUACAUGGAUUCAUCCAACUCAGGGGGCUUCUACCAAUGUGGUGAUUUCACCGAGGAGCAGCAAGCAAGUCAGAUCAUGGUUCAUCACCUAGGGGGUCACCCCAAGGUUUUGAGUGUCCAGCUCGCAAAGCUUGUAUCAUUGGAAUCCUUCCAGAACCGCUUGGCAUACCACGCCAACAAUAACAACUUUGCUGUCCCUGCUGUACCCGCCGUGCCCACCACGCCUGCUGCACCCUCCACGAUGUCGCCUCCCUUUAUUCAGCGCCCUGCAUCUCAGCCCAAUCACUACGCUCAGGCCCCCCUACGUUGGACUCGUAGUCGGUCCGUCCCGGCGGCGGUUGACAUCUCUGCCCUGCAAGCCCCCAUGCACUCCUUCCACAUGCCGCAAACGCCUGCUCCGUUCAACCAUACCGACUCUGGCAUCUAUGCGCCCAUCCCGCAAUCCGUCCACGCCCUUCCCACAGAUUUACGCAUCGACACUGAGGGCUAUGGUCUGGAUUUCCGACCGAACCCCAUGUCUGCGACUACCGCGGGUUCCCCAUCUGAAUUUGCCAGCCCAUCCAUGUUCAGCAAUGCCGCUCAAGGAGAUUCAACACCAGUUGCCAGCAUGGCUCCUCAGUUCAAUGUUUCGUAUAUUUCUGCAGGACCGUCCGACACAUCCACUGUGGGAUCGCAUGCGCCAUCGCCUUACUCUGGUGUCAGCCCAGCGGAUCCCAUGAUUGCCAACCACUCUCCUCCUCUGUCGAACCUGUCCCAUGGCUCAUCCGACAUGUAUGGCUUCGCGCAUGAUCAGCAAUCGGACUUCGCCGAGGAUGGCCUUUCAAUGAACGAUAUGUACCCCAAGCAUCAUAACGUCAACUAUACCGUCUCUCACGAUGGUCCUAGCUUUGACCUCCCGAUGCACGGCAUGUCUGGCCAUGCUUCUCCAGGGAUGGCCGAUUACUCCCACCAUGGUAUGGUCAACCUCGACGAGAUCAACUCAAACGGCCUGCCUACUGGGUCCUGA